ACUAACAGCACGGUGACAUCAUUUACACGCGAAAAGGACGAAGUUUCAUCUAUUGAAUUCUCUGCGAGUUAAAUCCAGCUUUUUCAUGAAAGUUGAACAUUAAUAUCAACAUGGUUUGCGGAGGGUUUUCAUGUAGUAAAAACGCGCUUAUUGCGCUGAACAGUCUUUACAUUAUUGUUGCACUCAUUUUAAUUAUUGUCCCAUCAUUAGCCAAAUCAGGAUCCUAUGUUUCCAGUCUGUAUAUCAUCGGUGGUAUCAUAGCCUGUGGAAUUUUCUUAUUCAUCGUAGCAGUAGCAGGGCUCAUCGGAGCCAUCAAACAUCAUCAAGUCUGUCUUUUCUUUUACAUGCUUAUUCUGUUCCUGGUCUUCCUAAUUCAGUUCUCUGUAUCCAUAGCAGCCCUGGCCUGCGGGGAGGAGCAGCGGGAAAAGCUUGUCAGACUCUCGUGGGAGCACUCAAGCAAUGACACAAAAACAGACAUUCAGCAGAGCUUCUGCUGCUGUGGCUUUGAUAAAAAUGACACCAGUCAUCCCACCUGCCCAAAAGCACAAAAGAAUGAAGUGAAAUGUGCAGACCAAUUUUGCCAGCAAAAGAUGGAUGAAGGUUAUGCACAAGGAUUAAAAAUAUCAGGAGCAGUAGGUCUUUUCUUCAGUUUAACAGAGCUGAUAGGGGUGUGGUUAGCUGUUAGGUUCAGGAAUCAGAAGGACCCCCGGGCCAACCCCAGCGCCUUCCUGUAACGGAGGAUCUUGCCUGCUCACCUAAUCCUGUUGCUCUUCGCUUGCUUCGCUAAAUCAAACAAUUCGUUGGAUGUGUUGUGACAUACCGAUAUCGGAACCAAAAGGAUCCAAGGGCCAACCCCAAUGCAUUUCUCUGAUUAAAAAAACAGCUCGAAAUAAUCCUAAAUCACACAUUUUUAGAUUCUUUUUUUUUUAAUUCAAUAUUUUACAUUGAUUUGCACAGUGUUGCAGAUCAUUUUUUAGUAUGAAAAAGAUUGAGCCGUGCUAUAUAAAUCGAAGUAAAAUUGUUCACUACAUAGUUUUUAUAUCAUUGAUUACUGGCAAUUUGUAACAGGUUUUAUGAUGAUCAUAUAAUUGUUCUAUAUUCGUUGAUAUUGCUUUCCAUUUCUGAUUUUGCAAAAUGGCUACUCAUUGACUUAAGUUUUUCUUUGACAUCUGCUGCCGUCGAAAUGUCAUGUAUUGAUAUAUAUUCAUAUAUAAGAUACGAUUCUUGUUAUUAUAGUAUUCUCUUAAUUUCAACAUUUUCAUUUUUGGAAGGUAGAUAACUUCCUUCCCUUGUGGCAUAGGAAUUGAUUUUUCCUCUAUAAUAGGGAAAUAAUAUAUUCUGAAAGGCUGGUUGAGUUUGGGAGUUUGUUUAAAUCCAAUACCAGGGUCCCGUAACACAAAUGUUAGCGAUUAAUCAUACGCUUGAUUUUCAUGAUUGAUUGUACAUUGAAGUCAAUGCAAUCAAUCAUAGGAAAGGGUUCCACGAUAAUUGCUAAGCUUUAUGUAUCAGGUCCCAGGGCACUGUUGCAUAAAAGUUACCAUUACUUUAACUUUGCCAUCCAAUGGUAACUACCAUGGUAACGAUGAUCAACAGCCAAUCAAAAUCAAGGAUUCAAAGAACGAUUCCAUUGGAUGGCAAAGUUACCAUAAUAGUAACUUUUAUGCAACUGGGCCCUGAUCAUGGUUUCCAAUAUUUUCUGAUUUCCAACCUUGCCGAAGUUGCCAGUUUGAGACCUGCAAAUCAUCUGGCCUGUUGAAGAAUAGGUGGAAAAAUAUUCCACCCAAAGAACAUUAAUAG